AUGGUUACGUUAAUUGAAGAUCCUGCCGCUGGGCAACAGACCACUACCGACCAGCAGCCGUCACACUCAUUGAGAACUAGAACCUCGUCCGCGAAACCGAAGAAGAACGCCUUGAAGAACGUUUACAAGAAGAAAAAUGCCAGCACAACGGGAACAGUUUUAGAAGCUGACGAAAAGGAUAUCAAAACAAAAUUAAUAUCUACUACAUCAGCGUCUACUCCGGAAGAUGCAGAGUCCUUGAUUGAUGCGGUUCGAGAACAGCUGUCCCAAAUAGCCAUCCAAGGAAGUUCCUCGCACAAGUCGAACAAGAAUGAAAGACACGAGUCGACGGAAGAAGGAAACAGCUGCGCCUCUAUCAGCCUAUUACCGGACAAGACCGCCUACGAAGUUACAGAUAACGACCCGACACCUACCCAGCCCAUAACACAGCAACUAGAUGAACAACUAAAAGACAUAGAAGAGAAAAGAGAACCUGCAAAGCCGUCCAAGCCUCGGGCGGCCACAAGACAAAAGGGAGACACAAAAUCACAGCAAACAUAUGUCAAUGACCAGACGAGAACAUCAUACGUGCAACCUAUUCUCAACGAAGGGAUGUCAACUAGGUCGUCUCGAGGAAUCCAACACUUUGAUAAAUGGGCGAAUAGGGCCGUGGGGUUUUUCGAUGUGAGGAAAAUUGCAGAAGGGUCAUAUGGAGAGGUCUAUGAAUUAUGUGCAAAAGACGGGGUAUCAAAAGCAAGCCUGUCAAGCAGUCGAUCAUCGAAACUACAAGCAUAUAUGGACGGCGUUUUCAAAAUAGUCCCUCUAUGUGCACAACGGGGACCUGGUUCGAAGAAAUUCACCACCGUUCAGGAAAUCGUUGCCGAAGUCCAGCUACUGAAACUUCUUGAUCCGAUACCUGGGUUUGCACGAUUUCGGGAGAUACAUGUUGUUCAAGGUAGAUUUCCUCCAUCCUACCAGGAUGCGUGGAAUCUGUAUAGCCAGACAAAGGAUGACUGCUUUAACCCCGACCCAAGUAAGAAGAAAUCAUACCCAGACAAUCAGCUAUGGGCGAUCCUGGAAAUGGAAAACGCAGGGUUUGAGCUCGAAAAAUUCAAGUUCUCCUCUGUCUUCCAGGUGUAUGACAUAUUUUGGGGUGUCGCGUUGGCGCUGGCAAGGGCAGAGCAGUAUGCUUCUUUUGAGCAUCGUGAUUUGCACCUUGGAAACGUGUGUGUGAAGCAAAAACAACCUCCACAGAAGGUAGUACGGAGACGGAAAUCCUCAGACGACGAUGCAGUUGUCGAGUUUUCAGCAUGUCUGGGCACAAGUGGUCUAGAAACGACCAUUAUUGACUACUCCUUAUCCCGUGCUGAGCUUCCAUUAUAUGAAACUCCAGAGGCCGCUCCCACUUGUGAAACGGUGGCCUGGUCAGACCUUGAGAAAAAAGAUAUAUUCGAUGCCGUGGGUAGAGAUGAAGAGGAGAAGUUCCUUCGCGACACAUACAGGAUGAUGCGUUCUGAGGUCUUUUCUAGCCCCAGUUCCAAUACUGAACAAUGGAAAAGUUACAGGCCAAGGACAAACCUAAUCUGGCUCUCCUUUAUCCUCACGACCCUCGUAAAUAAAUGUCACUCCGAAAAGCUGGUCCCGACACAUCGGCAACCCCUCGGGCAGCGGUCAGCAAACAGUAACCUUCAGCCCAAAAGUUCGAAUACCAAGGCGAAACAAGCAAAAAAUAUCAAGGGAAAGCAAGAUGUUGAAGAGUCGAAACUAAGCGAUGAAAUGCAGCAGGUAUUAUUUGAACGGCUUGAGACUGUGCAGGACCUACUUGAGCUAGAAGAUGAAUAUGAGAAUCUGUCUUGCGCUGGAGACUUGGUAGCUAUUGCCAUUGGGUCCCAGUGGUUAGCGGAAUCAGAUUUCUUAUGUUAA